UCAUCGUCACUGUAGUGUUUUCAUUCUUGUGGUUGGUGGGUUCAUCUGCUUGGGCAAAAGGGCUGUCUGACGUCAAAGUCGCCACAGAUCCCAAGGAAGUAUUGUUACUGAUGUCAGCUUGCAAACAGCCAUCCAACAAAUGCAUGGCUGUCCACAGCCCUGUUAUGUCCAGCUUAAACACUUCUGUGGUCUUUGGAUUCUUGAACUUUAUCCUCUGGGCUGGAAACAUAUGGUUUGUUUUCAAGGAGACUGGCUGGCAUUCCUCGGGUCAAAGAUAUCUUUCAGACCCAAUGGAGAAGCACUCUAGCAGCUAUAAUCAAGGUGGUUACAACCAAGACAGCUAUGGUUCAAGUGGUGGGUAUAGCCAGCAGGCAAGUUUGGGGCCAUCCUCAGAUGAGUUUGGCCAACAACCUAGUGGCCCCACUUCCUUUACCAAUCAGAUUUAACAGAGUAGCAUUUGCAUUCUUCUGGAGAUAGCCCCACCACCUUCUAUUUCAGUGGCAGAAGAAUUUUUUAAGAGUUUCAAUUAAUUAUUAAUGCAGAGAGUAUUGAAUGUAAAUCAGAGAUUUCUAGUCCUCAUUAAGGUAGAAAGACCUGGGUUGUGAUAAAUGGUACUUAGAGACGAGGCGACAUGAAGAGAUAGAUAUAUUAUUUAUUACAGAUGGCUAAUUGAAGAGUACCUUGCUAUAUACAAGAUACUUUCAUGGUCGUUUUGUUUGUGUGUUGAGGUCGUAGAAGCAUUUUGUAGCUUAAAAUCUCUAGUAAAGUAAAUCAAAUAGCAUUGAGUUUUCCUAUGCAUUUUGAUGCAAAGGACAUUAUAAUGAUUUCUAGAAGAAAAUUUGGUGUAUUACAAUAUGCAUGUCUUACUAUUUUUUAGUUUUAGGCCCUGUAGGAGUAUGAGUCUCUAAAUAUCUGGUUUCAGACAAUUAUUAUGUAUUUUUUAACUUGAUGAAUCAAUGCUCAUAUGAUUUAGUGCAUGAAUAAGCAUUUUCUCACACAAUGAAUAUUUGAACUGUAUUUAUGAAAAUUUUCCAGUUUGCACCAUGAAUUUGUCAAAUGGACGUCUAAAAACAUGUUCAGUACUUUGUAUACUUUGCAAAUUUGUCUCUCUGGUUUAACCAAGUCUGAAUGCAUUGUAACUAAUAUUUGGGUUUUUUCCCCCCAUUAGUGGACAUUAAGUGUUACGUAUGGUAACUGCCCAAUAUUUAUUCUAUUUACUUAGCUAAAUAUUUAUAAUCUUGUAAUCUUCUAUGAUGUUUGUGGCUCUUAUCUUGUGGACACAAUACCUGUUUGUGUUUAUGGAGUGUUGUUUCCUUAGAAUAAUGGAGAUGCAGAUAUAGAUACCAUAGUCAAGAUGCUGCCAUGCUGAAGUACUAGUUUAUUAGGGAUUUUCAGUAGAAUCUGUACUACCAGCUAAACUUUCAAUACUAUUUAUUUGUAAAAUUAAUAUGUUUCUCCAUCUAAUUAUUAAAAAUUCUCAAGUCACAGCUCAACUUCCCAAUUAAUAAUUCUGAUUUGAGCGUAACCCAUGAAUUAAAUUGGCUUCCAUGUGCCACUCUAUAUCCCACGGAGGGUUCUUAUGAAAUAUUCCCCAGAAUGUAUUUGUUAUCAAGAAAAUACUAAUCUUCACCUCUUUGUUUUAACUCAAUUGAAACACCACGGCCCAAUAGAGAGGGCAAGCUUAGCAUCUGUAUUUCCAGAUAAAAGUUAUUAUCAAUGUAUAAACUCUGUAUGUGAUCAGUGAUGUUGGAAGCAUUUUAGCACAAAACAGCCGUGUGUCUUAGAUGAUAUCUGUAACCAGUUUCUGGAUCCUGUUGGAUAAAUCUGUAUUGUGAUAUCUAUUUGACCUUAAUAAAGUUAUUGCAUACAAAG